ACAACUACACAAUUCUAUUCUGGAUCAACAAUCUCAACAUCAACAGUUACUGCCAAUUUUGGAGGUAAUGAUACCGUCAUUGUUGAUUAUCCAUCGAAUCUAAUUACAACUAAAACUCAAUUUUAUUCAGGAUCAUCAAUAUUUACAACUACUGCUACUGCUACAUUUGGAGGUCAAGAUUCAGUUAUUGUCAAUUUUCCAUCGAAUCCAACUAUUACAACUACUCAAUAUUAUUCAGGAUCAACUAUUUUUACAUCGACUGCUACCGCUAUUUUUGGAGGAAAUGAUUCAGUUAUCGUUAAUUAUCCUGUUAAUCCUACUGUCACAACUACUCAAUAUUAUUCAGGAUCAACUAUUUUUACAUCAACUGCUACAAAUAAUUAUGGAGGAAAUGAUACUGUUAUUGUUAAUUACCCUUCCAACCCAACCACGUCAAUAACUCAACUUUACUUAGGUCUGGAAACAUUUACUGAUACUGCAACAGACAAUUUUGGUGGGACAGAUACAGUCAUAGUGCACUUACCAUCACAAACUUACUCAUCAGAAUCCUGGAGUCUCAGUUCACCUUCAUUUGUAACACCAUCAUCAAACGAAAAUUCAUUAUUCACAGAAUCAAAUUCCGAGUCAUCAUCAUUUGAAACUUCAUCAAUUACUUAUUUUACACCUUCAUCAGCUGAAUCCACUUAUCUCGAAUCACCAUUGGAAUCAUCUUCAAUUGAAUCCUCAUAUUUUACCCCAAGUUAUAAUUCGAUACCAUCAAUUGAUCCAGAUUAUAGUUUAACUAAUGAAGCUAGUUCAUCAAAUAAUGUAUUACCAUUAAGUUCAAGUGAUAUGGAAAGUUAUAGAUCUGCUGUUGAUGCUGAGUCUACAGUAUUUGAAAUUCCAUCAAGUUCAAGUGAUAUAGAAAGUCAUAGUUUAACUAGUGAAGCUGAUUCAACAUCAUAUAUAUUACCAUUAAGUUCAAGCUCAAAAAGUAUGGAAAGUUAUAGUUCAACUGGUGAAGCUGAUUCAUCAACAUAUAUAUUACCAUUGAGUUCUAGUUCUACAGAAAGUUAUAGAUCUGCUGUUGAUGCUGAGUCUACAAUAUUUGAAAAUCCAUCAAGCUCGAGUGAAAUAGAAAGUUAUAGUUCAACUAGUGAAGCUGAUUCAACAUCAUAUAUAUUACCAUCAAGUUCAAGUUCUUCGGAAAGUUACAGAUCUGCUGUUGAUGCUGAAUCUACAUUAUAUGAUAAUCCAUCAAGCUCAAGUGAUAUAGAGAGUUAUAGCUCUACUAGUGAAGCUGAUUCAACAUCAUAUAUAUUACCAUCAAGUUCAAGCUCAAGUGAUAUAGAAAGUUAUAGUUCAACUAGUGAAGCUGAUCCAACAACAUAUAUAUUACCAUCAAGUUCAAGUUCUUCGGAAAGCUAUAGAUCUGCUGUUGAUGCUGAGUCUACAAUAUUUGAAAAUCCAUCAAGCUUAAGUGAUAUAGAGAGUUAUAGCUCAACUAGUGAAGCUGAUUCAACAUCAUAUAUAUCAACAUUAAGUUCAAGCUCAAGUGGUAUGGAAAGUUAUGGUUCAACUAGUGAAGCUGAUUCAUCAACAUAUAUAUUACCAUUAAGUUCUAGUUCUACAGAAAGCUAUAGAUCUGCUGUUGAUGCUGAGUCUACAAUAUUUGAAAAUCCAUCAAGUUCAAGUGAUAUAGAAAGUUAUAGUUUAACUAGUGAAGCUGAUUCAACAACAUAUAUUCUACCAUCAAGUGCAAGCUCAAGUGAUAUGGAAAGCAUUAGUUCAUCGACAUAUGUAUUACCAUCAAGUUCAAGUUCUUCGGAAAGUUACAGAUCUGCUGUUGAUGCUGAGUCUACAUUAUUUGAAAAUUUAACGAGUUCAAGUGAUAUCGAAAGUUAUAGUUCAACUAGUGAAGCUGAUUCAACAACAUAUAUUCUACCAUCAAGUGCAAGCUCAAGCGAUAUGGAAAGCAUUAGUUCAUCGACAUAUGUAUUACCAUCAAGUUCAAGCUCUUCAGAAAGUUACAAUUCUGCUGUUGAUGCUGAGUCUACAUUAUUUGAAAAUCCAACAAGUUCAAGUGACGUAAAAAAUUAUAGUUCAACUAAUGAAAUUUCAUCUACAUAUGUACUACCAUUGAGUUCAAGUUUAAGUGAUAUAGAAAGCAAUAGUUCAAUUAAUGACGCUGGCUCAUCAACUUAUACAUUAUCAUUGAGUUCAAGUUCUUCCAAAAGUUACAGAUCUGCUGUUGAUGCUGAAUCUACGAUAAAUGAAAAACCAUCAAGUUCAAGUGAUAUAGAAAAUUAUAGUUCAACCAAUGAAGCUGCUUCAACAUUAUAUAUAUCACCAAUGAGUUCAAGUUCUUCAAAAAGCUACAGAUCUGCUGUUGAUGCUGUUCCUACUUCAUUCAGUAUAAGUAACACAAAAGAAAUCGAGUUAUCAACAUCAUCAUCAUUAUCAUCUUCAUCGUCAACUUCAUCACCAUCAUCAUCAUUAUUAUUAUCACCAUCAUCAUCAUUAUUAUUAUCAUCAUCAUCAUCAUCUUUAUCAUCAUCAAUACCAUUAUCAUCAUCAACAUCAUUAUCUUUGUCAUCAUCAACAUCAUUAUCUUUGUCAUCAUCAUUGUCAUCACCUGAAUCCAGUCUUGAAUCAACCGCAUCGACCUUCUCAACUAUACAAUUACCACCUUUAACUUCAUCCACCACCUCAACAGUCAUAUCAUCUUAUGGUCCAUAUGGCAAUACUAGUGUGCCGGUUUCAACUAUGUCUUAUUCUACAGAAAGUGAAUCUGGAGUAUUUAGUUCAACAACUGCUAGAAGUUUAAAUUUUGUCAGUACAGAUGAGACUAUAAUCCCAAUGAUUACAUCAACAUCAUCAAUAGCUACUUCAAAUUUAAAAACUAGUGCCACAAUCACUAGAUUUCCAACAAGUUUUAAUUCAGGUGAACCAGUCAACUCAAUUGCAAUCAAUAGUGCAUUAUCAUCAGAAUUGUCGGUGGUUCAAAGUGAUGCUGCUAUAAGUGAUUCCGAAUCUGAUCGUUCGACUAUUUCGUCAAGUGCAGCUGUGACUGCUUCGAGCUCAUCAAUUGCUGGUAAUUUUUUGACAAACAAUUCCGACCAAAACAUCUCACCAACUAUAUCUGAAAGUAAUCCCGGGGAAUCAGCAUCAUCAACAACAUCAUCAACUUCAUCAACAUCAUCAACAUCAUCAACUUCAUCAGCAUCAUCAAUAUCACCAUCUCAAAUUGCUCAACCCAAUGAAAGUACUGAAGUUGUUGAACCUACAAAAACACUAAAUUCAAAUAAUGAUAAUGAUUCUAAUUCAACUCCAACAGAAUAUAAUGGUCCAAAAAAUACACAAGGUACUAAUGAUGAACCUGAAAAUGAUAAUCAAUUGCACCCUCAAGAAAGUUCAAGUAGUGUGGAUUCGAUAGGAACGCAAUCAUCUUCUCAUGUUGGAUCAAAUGCAACAAAUGAAUCUGGCCCUGGUGAUUCAAAUACAAUGACAACUUUACAAUCUCCAUCUUCAACAACUAAUGCUGCUGCUAGAGUUAACUCAAAUCAAUCUUCAAAUACCAUUAUGGCUAGACCAUCAGAUAGUAAUUCAAUGAGCAUGCCAACUACAUCAUCUAUGCCAACUUCAACAAUUGAACCAAUUAACACUUACGAAGGUUCAAGUAAUAAAUUAAAAAUAUCUAAAUGGUACUUUGGUAUUUUUAUGCUUAUACUUAGUUUCAGUUUUAACUAA